AUGGCCAACUCUUUCACGCGCUUGAUCUCCGGACGCAACACGGCGGUGCUGUUGGCCGGCUUGGGCGCCGGGACGAUGGCGACCGGCUUCCUGUUGAGCGAAGGCGGCUCCUCGCUGCUGCGGAGUUCGAGGACGAAGCUCUACCCGCCCAGCUCCGACUUCCCCGACCUGAGGAAACACAACAACUGCAUGUCGGCGGCUCUGACUCCGGCCAUUUACGGCAAGCUGAGGGACAAGGUCACCCCCAACAACUGGACCCUGGACCAGAGCAUCCAAACCGGAGUCGACAACCCCGGACACCCCUUCAUCAAGACGGUGGGCUGCGUGGCUGGUGAUGAGGAGAGCUACGAGGUGUUUGCUGAACUCCUUGAAUCUAUCAUCAAAGACCGGCACAACGGCUACGACCCCCCCAUGAAGCACCCCACGGACCUGGACGCCUCCAAGGUCACCGGCGGCGUGUUUGAUGAGAAGUACGUCCUGUCGUCCCGCGUCCGGACCGGCCGCAGCAUCCGCGGGCUGAGCCUCCCGCCGGCCUGCUCGAGGGCGGAGCGCCGCGAGGUGGAGCGGGUGGUGGUGACGGCCCUGGCCGGCCUCAAGGGAGACCUGGCCGGGCGCUACUACAGCCUGGGAGACAUGACGGACAAGCAGCAGCAGCAGCUCAUCGACGACCACUUCCUGUUUGACAAGCCCAUCUCUCCAUUGUUGACAUGUGCCUUUAUGGCCAGAGACUGGCCCGACGCCAGAGGCAUCUGGCACAACAAUGACAAGACCUUCCUGAUCUGGGUGAACGAGGAGGACCACACCAGGGUCAUCUCCAUGGAGAAGGGAGGCAACAUGAAGAGAGUGUUUGAGAGGUUCUGCAGUGGACUCAAGCAGGUGGAGCACCUGAUCCAGGAGAGAGGCUGGGAGUUCAUGUGGAACGAGCGUCUGGGCUACAUCCUCACGUGCCCCUCCAACCUGGGCACCGGCCUCAGGGCGGGCGUGCACGUGCGCCUGCCGAAACUCAGCAAGGACCCCCGGUUCUCCAAGAUCCUGGACAACCUGCGCCUGCAGAAGAGAGGCACGGGCGGCGUGGACACGGCGGCCACCGGAGACACCUUCGACAUCUCCAACAACGACCGGCUCGGCAAAUCCGAGGUGGAGCUGGUCCAGAUGUUGGUGGACGGGGUCAACCACCUGAUCGAGUGUGAGAAGAAGCUGGAGAGAGGGCAGGACUUCAAGGUCCCGGCUCCCGUCGCUCAGUUCAGGAAGUGAGAGUCCAGAACCUCCUCACCACGUCUUCCUCCCACAGAGAUCGAGACGUGAACCUCAGUCAGAGGUCAAACUCUACCUCGAGUUGAAGGUCGCCGCUGUAACCCUGACUUCAAUAAA